CCAAUAUUAUUAUUAUUCCAUGCCACCAUUAUUUCUCAACAGCCGAGCUUCCAUUCUCACGGGCCUUUCUCAUGGAGGAGCUGAUGAAGAACACGAGUGCCACUAACUGGCCAUCAAAUGGCACUGAAGAUGAUAAUGAUGAGCUUCUAAGAGAACUUCUAGACGAUGCGUCACCAUUCUUACUACUGCCACAACAGCCGGCGAGUGAUCAAUGCAAAUCCAGCCCUUCCGAUACUGAACCAACCGCAGUUAACAGCCGCGCCUCCUCCGCCACCCCCGGCGGAGAGGUUGAAUUCGGCGCUUCGCCGGAUACAACCUGUACCACAACGUUUCGCAUGAUUUCGAUAUUAGAGAAGGGUUGGAGUAAGGUAGAGAACAAGUACACUCUGAAGAUCAAGAGCUGGGGUACGGCCAUGGCCGACGAUGGCUAUAAAUGGAGGAAGUACGGCCAGAAAUCUAUCAAGAACAGCCCAUAUCCCAGGAGCUACUACAAGUGCACGAACCCCAGAUGCAGCGCCAAGAAGCAGGUCGAGAGAUCCAGCGACGACCCGGAAACGCUCAUCGUCACCUACGAAGGUCUGCACCUCCACUACACCUACCCAUUUUUCCUCCUCAGCGAGUCGCCGCCGCCGCCGCCGCCGCCGCCAGCCGGGGCGAAGAAGCUGAAAAUCGGCCAGGCGGCGUCGGGAAGGCCGGAAGAAAAGUCUCCGGCGGGGCCGCUCCGUGAAUCGUCUUCUGGGGACUGUGAUCAACAAGAGGGAAUUACGUUUGCAGCCCCACAAGGCUUGCUCGAAGAUGUUGUGCCUCUGAUGAUCAGAUACCCAUCAAACAACUGCCCCUCCAACUCCUCUAAUUCCUCCUCUUCUGAUCCUUCUCCACUCCCCAAUUCUCCUUCCUCUCUUUCUUGGUCGCCCCUAGCUAAUUAUUCAUCUUCAUGCUUUAAUGUUGGGUUGUGAGCCAGCUCUGGUGUUGGCCGAUGAUAUCUAAUUAAUGUAAAUUAAUAAGAAUAUUCAUAAGGUAUUAAAUUUUCAUCUUACUGCGAGUGUUAUGUUGUAGAAUAAUGAUUUUUGUGAUAAUGAUUUUUGUAUGUGAUUUUUAAUUUGUAUUGACACUUAUAUGUAUGGGUGUU